AUGGAGGCUUUCCCCUGGGCGCCCCGCUCGCCCAGCCGCGGCCGCGCCCCCCCGCCCAUGGCGCUCGUGCCCAGCGCCCGCUACGUGAGCGCCCAGGGCCCGGCGCACCCGCAGCCCUUCAGCUCGUGGAACGACUACCUGGGGCUCGCCACGCUCAUCACCAAGGCGGUGGACGGCGAGCCACGCUUCGGCGGCGAGGGCGGCGGCGGCGGCGGCGGCGGCGGCGGCGCCUCCGCCUCCCCGCCCUCGUCGUCCUCCUCGUCCUGCUGCUCCCCGCACGCGGGGGCGGGGGCCGGGCCCGGGGCGCUGGGGCCGGCGCUGGGGCCGCCCGACGACGACGACGACAGCGACGGCGACGAGCCGGGGUCCCGGGGCCGCUACCUGGGCGGCGCGCUGGAGCUGCGCGCGCUGGAGCUGUGCGCGGGCCCCGCCGAGGCCGGGCUGCUGGAGGAGCGCUUCGCCGAGCUGAGCCCGUUCGCGGGUCGCGCGGCCGCCGUGCUCCUGGGCUGCGCGCCCGCCGCCGCCGCCGCCGCCGCCGCCGCAUCCGCCGAGGUGGCGCCGCGCGAGGAGCGGGCCCCGGCCUGGGCGGCCGAGCCGCGGCUGCACGUCGCCUCCGGGGCGGCCGCCGCCCGACUGCUCAAGCCCGAGCUGCAGGUGUGCGUGUUCUGCCGGAACAACAAGGAGGCGGUGGCGCUCUACACCACGCACAUCCUCAAGGGCCCCGACGGGCGGGUGCUGUGCCCGGUGCUGCGCCGCUACACGUGCCCCCUGUGCGGCGCCAGCGGCGACAACGCGCACACCAUCAAGUACUGCCCGCUCUCCAAGCCGCCGCCGCCGCCGCCGCCGCCGCCGCGCCCCGCCAGGGACUGCCCGCCCGGGAAGAAGCUGCGCUGA